CCUGCCAAACACGGAAUUUUCCGGGUUUCCAUGUUUUCACUGUUAUACACUCGGGGCGCUAUUACGCAUCAUCUGAAUGAGUACAGAAUCUCCCGAACGAAAGCACAGACGAGGAAGGCGCAGAAACGAUCGAUCUCAUAUUUGUCAUGGUAACCAGUGGACAACAGGCAGCAUGGCGGAGGAGAAACUUUCAUUCGAACAAGCGUUCACCUUCAAUCAGCUUUCCACCAAAAAGUUUACGUUUCAGCAAGAUCCUGAGAUAUCAAGACUCCUGAUGAAAUGGUCCAUGUUGGGUCGAAUUACCACCCAGGCCUUCAAUUUUGACCAAUCUUUCCAGCCUUAUAGGAGCAAUGACUUUGCCUGGAAUUUCUUUCAAGAUCCGUGCGUGAAGAACAAUUUAAAGGUACUUGAUUCCUCUGGAUCAUGGACACUGCUGGGUAGAGACAUCACACAUGUAAAUGUUGAAGUUGUUCCAUGCACAAAAGUGUCAGUGGACAUAUUCGAUCCAAUUUACUCAAAUGGAAUUUUGCGUCCCUCCGGCCACAUUGUCAAAUGUUACCAUGAAGUAUGCCCUGACUUUGAUGAGUUAAGGAUGCUUUUGCUUGAAGAAGACUCUGACAAUUAUCAUAUAAUCAGUCCAAGUGAUCGGCAGGAAUUUUUGUUCAGACUGUUCAAGCAUAUGGUCUUAGGUGGUGAACUGUGCCAAUAUGAGGAUGUCAUUGAACCUUACACUGAGACAGUAAAAUUGAUGUACAAAGACUUGGUCAGCGUUCAGAAGGAUCCACAUACAAAAGAGAUCAGUGUGGUCACAACAAUCUUGAAAGUUUCUGCUCACGAUCACGGUGGACUGUGCUACCCAUGUGCAACAGACAAUGAGCAGACAUUUGCUUACCUCUGUAUUGACCCAUUUAAAAGACAUGUGUAUGUUUUGUACCAUUCAUUUGGUAUAGGGGACUUUUCAGGAAACUAAGUGCUCUUGAUCUAGGUCUACAUAAAAACACUGAGAUAUUAUUUUUAAGAAGUUAUUAAUUUCUUAAAUAAUAAUAAUGAAUAAUUUAAUAUUUUUAAUUGUUCAUCCUACAAAUAUUGUCCUCAUUUGUAAAACUAAAAGUUAAUCAAUCAAAAACCACAGCCACUCAGAACAAGUGUGGGCAGGCUCUCGAGGCAUUUGCACGGCAAUUGCAAGGAAAUGGAUGACCAUAUUCACAAAUAUUACACAAUUUAAACAUUAUUAAAAAUACACACUGAGAUACUGAUACAGUCUUUAUCAUAGAAUACACUUGUUUUGUUCACAGUUUGAACAUUCUUGCUUCCAUUUGUUUAAUUUCAAGAUCUGAGGUUAAUUAUCCAUUGUUGCUUACAAAGCUGGGAGCAUUAAAUGAUAUUCAAAGUCACAUUACAUGCUUUUAAAAUUAAAUAAAGCACAUAAACAUUACCUGAGAUUACCAUUGCCAUGCUUUGUGUUGUUGCUCCAGCCGCGACUUUGCAAAAAAAUAGAAACCGUUUCUAAAAUAGAAUCGUCGCGUCACCAUUGCAGCUGGUUAGGACAACUGGUAACUUAAACACAUCUGAUUGGUCAUUAUUUUCAACAGAACUCCCUGUGAUUGGCUACAAUACUUAAUGCUGCAAAAUUACGUUGUGAAUAGACACGUUGGCAGCGCCAUUGAUCUUACAUGACACAAAUAUAACAACCAGAUCGCUUUAAUUUACUUACUUUUCUGUUUUAACAAUACAAAUUAUAUGUUACACAUAGUAAUAUAACUCCGUUAAUCCUGCAUGCAACGAAUUAAAUUAUUUAAAUUGCGUUGACUUAAAUUGACUAGGCAGCCAAAGUAUGGCAGUUGCCAUGCCCUGCCAUACUCAAUUGAUGCCCCUGCAACUGCAACUAAGAUCCCAAAUGUAGCUAACACCAGGCCUCUGGUUAUAGGACACAUGAAAAAUUAUAAGGUUUAUGACCUAAAGGAAUUUUAGAGAGAGGUCUGACUCUCACUUAAUUCUCAUUGAAAAGGAUAAAUAGACCUUUUAAUCCUAUAUAUUCUAUACAUAACCACUUGAGAAAUGUAUAAACGUAUCCAAUUUUCAUUCCCUAUUUGUCAAUUUACAUUUUGCUAAGUCUGUGACACAUUAGUAUUAUAAGAAUCUUAAAGGUUUAUCUCUCAAACACCCAAUCAAAUUACAUAUUCAAGUUCCCUGCUAGAACACAAAGGAUCGUAAAGUUUCCCUCCAAAGGAACAACUUCUUAUUGGCCCACACACCUCCAGAGGGUGUGACAUCUUCACGCUUUAAAAAUCGCUGAUCACAAGAUCACGCCGGUUCCGUUUUCUGAGAAAUUCUGAUAUGAAGAUGAUGCUAAACUAGAAGUCUAAGGAACCCUAAAUUUGUGCCAGGAAUUGGCCUUGUCUUUCCAUUCACUCAAGAUCCUCUGACUCAAACUGGUUCUCUCUCUGGAGCCUCAACAAAUUGCAUCAGGACAGUUUAAUUCAAAUGGGUGAGACAUGCAAGUAUCAAAUUUAUUCUCAUUAUUUUAUACAUUAAGGCCCUGGUUUCACAGACAGGGCUUAGACUAAGCCAGGAUUAGGCCUUAGUUCAAUUAGGGCAUUUAAGUAGCUUUUAGAAAUGUGACAUAGAAAAAAAAACAUUACUGGUGUGCAUCUUGAGACAAAACAAUGGCACUGACAUAUUUUAUAUGUUAGUGCAAGUUCCUUUCAGUUAAAACAGCUCAAACAUGCAUCUAAGUCUGGGACUAGAUGUAAACCUUGUCUAUGAAACCAGAAGGGUGUGUAAAGAAGGGUGUGUUAGAACUAAACUGAUGGUUUGAUCAAGGCUGUUCCUGAAUUUCAAACAAUGCAAUAACAUCUUGAUUCCUGUAUUCUGCUUCAGCACUUUUUCCCUUGGUAAACUGUAUGCAUGUAUUUGUGUGUAUGUUAGAGUAGUUUAAGUGUUUAGUCUAAAGUCUUGUUCAUGAUGUGUUACAAAAAGUACAUUUAUCACAAACAGUAUGAAUAGAUCUCAUAACUCUCAUAUUGUUACAAUAAUGUAGCAAAUUCUGUAAAAAAAUAAAAAAUUUGAAUGCA